UUCUUCCGCAAACACAGAGUAGCUUCCCCGUUUAUCGGUUGAUCAAUGCGGCGGUGGAGUUCUGUCUCUCGUCUCCUGGCUCCAUUUAAUAUUUCGAACAGUAACCCAUAUUUAUGAGUGAUUGAUUCGGCGUCAUGACGGCCAACAGCCGCUGUUCCGCCGCGGAGCCCCCGGGCCUGGAGACCCAGCGGCGGGAGAUCGAGUCUCUUCUGCGGGAGUGGGAGCUCCGCGCUGGGGACAGUUGGUACGUGGUGGAGCGCCGCUGGUAUGAGCAGUGGAAGGAGUUUGUGGACGGAGACCAGAACUCGUCGUCUUUCCCCGGUCAGAUCGACAACACUGAGCUGUUUGAGGACCUGGACUCGUACCACCUGAAGGAGCGCCUGGUGGAGAACGAGGACUUCAUGUUGGUGCCGGCUGAGGCGUGGCACAAGCUGCUCACCUGGUACGGCAUGGUGGAGGGGCAGCCGCCGCUGGAGCGCAAGGUGGUGGACCUGCCCAGCACCCUGAAGGUGGAGGUGUACCCCGUUGAGAUAUUCCUCUGUCUCCAUAGCAACAUGGAGAACGUCAUCACUGCCCAGUUCAGCCGGGCAGACAGCAUAUACUCGAUCCAGAGGGCGAUGUGCGAGGCCUUCUCGGUGCCCCCGGGCUCAGAGUGUCGUCUGUGGAUGAAGAGUUCGGACAGCACCUGCGAGCGUCUUAGGAACGUGCACGUGAGCGUGCUGGACGCCUGUCUGAGCUCCGCCAUGACGGUGAUUAUGGAGACAAGAAAUGCCGACGGCACCUGGCCGAGCUCCAGACCUCAAAUCAUAAGGAACUCGGUGGAGGAGCAGGACUCGUACCGAGGGCAGCCGGGAGUCUGCGGCCUCACCAACCUGGGCAACACCUGCUUCAUGAACUCAGCGCUACAGUGUCUGAGCAACACCCCCCCUCUGACGGAGUACUUCCUGCAGAGCUCCUACCUGGAGGAGCUGAACUUCACCAACCCUCUGGGCAUGAAGGGAGAGAUCGCCGAGGCCUACGCCGACGUCAUCAAACAGAUGUGGUCCGGCAGGCACUACUCCGUGGUCCCGCGCGUCUUCAAGACGAAGGUGGGCCACUUUGCCUCUCAGUUCCUGGGUUACCAGCAGCACGACAGUCAGGAGCUGCUGUCCUUCCUGCUGGACGGACUGCACGAGGACCUGAACCGGGUCAAAAACAAAGAGUACAUCGAGCUGCGAGACGCUGAAGGACGACCGGACCAGGAAGUGGCGGAGGAGGCGUGGCGGAACCACCGCCGGCGGAACGACUCGGUGAUCGUCGACACGUUUCACGGCCUCUUCAAGUCCACGCUCGUCUGUCCAGAAUGCCACAAGGUCUCCGUGACCUUUGACCCCUUCUGCUACCUGAGCGUCCCACUUCCUGUCAGCAAGGAGCGCGUCAUGGAGGUCUUCUUCGUCUCUCUGGACCCCUACGCCAAACCUGCACAGCAUCGAGUCGUGGUUCCUAAAACAGGAAAAGUGUCGGACCUCUGCACAGCUCUGUCCGAGAUGACCAACGUACCUCCCACGCAGAUGGUGGUAGCUGAUGUGUUCAACCACCGUUUCUACAAGAUCUACAACACUGACGAGUCUCUGAGCUGCAUACUGGACCGAGACGACAUCUUUGUGUACGAGCUGAGCAUGCUGGAGGAGCAGCAGGAGGAGCAGGUGCUGCUGGCGCUGUACCUGAGGGAGCGCUCUCACUACAGGGACUACGGCUCCGGCAGCAGCUCGUACGGCACGUCGCUGUUCGGACACCCGCUGCUGCUCAGCGUGCCGCGCAGCUGCUGCAGCCGCGAGGAGCUCUACACACUGUUCCUGCAGAGGCUGGCGCGUUAUGUGCGUCCUCCCGAUCCCUCUGAGGAGCUGGAAGAAGAGGAGGAGGAGGAGCUGUACAAAGCUCAGACCAACGGCAUCAGUGACGAGGAGGAGCAGGAGGACGGAGAGAGAGCCGGGCCCUCUCAGACAGAACACUGCUCCGGUGAUGCAUCUGCAAACAGCCAAUCAGACGACACCGCCACUGCCGAACCCCGCCCCUUUGUCAACCACACGCAGUCCCCAUCGGACCAGGGCGACACGGAGACUAACGGGCCCCUGAAUCAGACGGAGCCGGACGCUCACACCCCCAUCACUGACGGAGUCAAGCCCUGCGAGGAGGCGAGCGGGACCUCCGACUCAAGCUCAGAACCUCCAGCCCAUCAGCCGCAGCCGAGUGACACCACAGAAGAAGAAAAAGAGGAGGACAAGCAGGAGGAGGCGUGUUCUCCGAGCCCGCCAGCCAAUGAGCAGCCAGCGAAGAGGAAGGUGCACUGCAAGAGGAAGAGUCUGUUCACCAUCCAGGCGGUCAACUCCAACGGGACGACUGAGAGAGGGAUGGGAGAGGGGGGGAGCGCCGUGUCCUUCAGCUCUCAGCCCUAUGUGGCCAUCGACUGGGACCCUGAGAUGAAGAAGAGAUUCUACAACGAGAACGAGGCCGAGAAGUACGUGAAGCACGCCAGUAUGGAGGUUCCUCAGCAGCAGACCACUGUCCAGCUGCAGGAGUGCAUCGAGCUGUUCACCACUGUGGAAACACUGGAGGAGGAGAACCCAUGGUACUGCCCGGUGUGUAAGAAGCACCAGCUGGCCACGAAGAAGCUGGACCUCUGGUUCCUGCCGGAGGUUCUCAUCAUCCACCUCAAGAGGUUCUCCUACACCAAGUUCACCAGAGAGAAGCUGGACAGCAUCGUGGACUUCCCUCUGAGAGAGCUGGACUUCUCCGGCUGCCUCCUGAGAAAGAGUCUGUCCAAUGGGGAGCCUCCGAGCCGCUACGACCUCAUCGCUGUGUCCAAUCACUACGGAGGACUGAGAGACGGGCAUUACACCAGCUAUGCGCGGAACAAGGACAACGGUCAGUGGUAUUACUUUGACGACAGCAAGGUGACGUACGCCAGGGAGGAUCAAAUCGUGACCAACGCCGCUUACGUCUUGUUCUACCAGCGACAAGACAAGAUCAGAAAACCCACUCUGCCCGCCCCCAGCACAAGCCCCGCCUCCUCCAGCCAGCCCGCCAACGACAUCACUUCCUGUAAGGAUGAUGACAUCACUCCCUGUAAGGAAGACGACGCUGAGCUCGGCACCGCCGCUGCCGCCUCCUCCUCCUCCUCCUCUUACGUCACCAUGGAAACAGACUAAAUGAAUCCUCAAGGUUUAGAUUAAUUUUACGGUAAUAAGGUUUCUCUUUUCAGAACGGGCCUGUGAUUUAUUUUUUUCUUUCCAACAACACUUGAACUUUCUCUGAUUUAUUUCUUUUCCCCGAUAAAUAACAACAACAACAAUCUGCAAUCUUUUAUUCUGAUAGAUGAUAAAUGGGUAGAUAUUGGUAGAUUUGAGACGUGCUCUUUAUUGCUGAUCAGAUCUUUGUUUAUGAAGCCCCGAGCGGCCGCAGACUAACUACAGACUCUUACAGUGUUUAAUUAUAAUCCGUAAUAAAUGAAAUGUUUCAUUCAACAAAUAAAAGUAAAGACAUAUUUAGAGACCCGUCACCUUGCCAAUUCAUAAUCUGAUCUCCGGAUACCGUCUUGAAAAACUCAAUAACAUUUAAAAAUAAAGAAAUGUUACGUCAUUGUUGGUACCAGAUUUUAAUACUGAAUAAAAAAAUACUACUUAAUUUUAAUCUAAUUUUAGGUAUUUUUUAACAGUUAAUACGUAGAUUAUAAUAAAACACUGUAGAGGUCUAUAGUUUUUUAAGUGCACACACCGGGUUCCAUAUUUGAUAAUAAAGCUAAAGGACAGCAGGUAAUCAUCUAUAAUUAGUUGCAUACAAACGGCCUGAAACUUGUGCGCAGUGUAGUUUCUAGAAGUUAGUCCUGACUCAAAUAUAGGUUCCUUAAAACAUGACACAAGUUUACAAGAAACAUAAAAGCAAUUCAAUUCUUUAGUUUUGUUGUAACGGUAAAUGUUGGCAGUCGUCUUUUCUUAUGUUCUUUAAUAAAAAGCAGAUUGGUUGUCCGUAGUUUAUUGUACUCACCGGCUGAAACUCAUUAAAGGAGCAGGGGAUUAUGGGUCAUAAGUGCGUGUUUAUAGCAAGAGUAAAAUAAUUUAAUGUUGAACAAAGCUGCCGGGGCUGAGGAAUGAACCUUUCUUUGUAUAUGUUGGUCGUUUUCUUCUGGUAUUUAUUAUUAUUUUUGAGUAAUUUCCGCUGUCACACGACUGCAGGUGUUUUCUGAUUGGAGCUGAUGAUUGAGAUGCUUAUUUUUCAUAUUUAUAGGCGACAUUUGUAUUCAGGCUUCAACGUAUUUGACAGAACGACGGGCGCAGUCUUCUCUCUCUCUCUCUGGAGCUCUCACUGAUUUUCAAACCGGCUCUGUGUACAGUAUUUUUGUAUUGUAAGAAAUGUAUAAUUAUUAUUACCAUUCCUGGGUCGGGUCGGAGGGAAUCUGGGGCUGAUUUCUUUCUUUGGUCUUCCUGUCAAAUAUCAGAUGAAAAUAUUUUAUUGUACUUUCAAUCUUUUGAUAUGAAUAAAAGGAUGAUUAUUAACAGGA